UAAUGCUGCUGAUACUAUUAUUUCUAACAACAUUUGGCUCAUAAGUUGUCAAAAGUAUGAAUAGAACAUCUGAUGUUUUUCGUUCAAUCUGACAAUGAAUUAAUUGCGCUGAAUAUAAUUGAACGAAUUAGCUGCCAUGCUACGGGAACUGGGUAGGCUUUUUCACUGGGGCCCUAUUUUUGCCCUUUCCGUUAUUUCCUUCAUAUCAACCGUGGGCUUUUUCGCAACACUUCUCUGGUGGCCGCCCCUGGAAAUCUACGGCCAGAUCCACCUGGGAAUAUACCUUACACACAUUCCUCUCAUCUUAUUCUCCUUCCUUCGGUCUUUAGUUUUGGGCCCUGGAUUCGUCCCUUUAAAAUGGCGUCCCAAAAAUGAAAGCGACGAGGAGUUUCUCCAGUUCUGCAGUGAGUGUGACGGGUUUAAGCCUCCGAGGAGUCACCAUUGCAGGAAGUGUAAACGCUGCUGCCUCAAAAUGGAUCAUCAUUGUCCCUGGAUCAACACCUGUUGCGGACAUCUCAAUCAUGUCAAUUUUGUGGCGUUUCUUUUGGCAGCUCCCGUAGGUUGCUUGCAUGCGGCCGUAGUUCUUAUUUGCAGUGCCUAUCGAACAAUUUACCGCAGCGACUACCACAACUUAGUUGCCACUCUGUAUCGACCCCCCGUGAACUACAGUGUGGCAAUGUUCGCUGCAACGGUGCUAGCUGCCGGGUUUGCUAUAGCUGUCAUCGCGUGUGUUGGCUUCCUAUUUGUCCUCCAGGUUUAUUCAGUCAUCAGAAACAAAACUGGAAUCGAAGUUUACAUAUGUGAGAAGGCAGAAGAUAUGGAGCGCCCUGAAGAUAGUUCAUUUGUCUACCCUUACGACUUGGGACCCUGGAAAAACUUCAAAAGCUUUUUAUUCGCUGGAAAUGGGUAUGACUGGCCAGUGAAACCGGGAGUCUCAAGGUUCGCGUUGACAGUAGAGCAGAAGCUGCAAAAAGAGGCGAAACGAGAACGCAGUAUAGAUUUCAAAGUUGUAAAGGGUUAUUCCGGUGCAUUUUUUCCAAUAUCUUUUGGAUGCAGGCUGCUAUUCAAUAUUCCGAUAAGCGAUGAACCGCGAAUGAAACUCAGUGUCGGCGAGAAAAUUGUGGUAACGAGAGGCAAAUCGAAGUGGCUUUAUGGUCAGAAAGAAACAAGUCUGAAUGGAAAAACGGGUAGAGAGCGUGGAUGGUUCCCUAGACAGUGUGUUGAGUUGGCUUCCAAGUCAGUGUUUCAAAGGUUUUCUUCCAAGAAGGACGAAUAAUAUCCAAUAUAUGUUUUAUGAUACGUGUUUCUGUUUCGCAGAAGGUUAAUAUUAAAAGGGAGGCGUUAAAUUAAAUUUAAAAGGACAUUUUGCAGUGAAAUAAUGGAUUGCUUUUUCUUAACGUUUUCAGGAACGAGCUUGGAGAGAAUUAAGUUCAGAAAAUUAAACUUCUGCAUCUGUACUGCUUGUAAUUUUAAUUUUUAAUUUGUAGUUUGUUAA